AGGUUCCGCAGCCCGACGGAUGUAAUGCGCGUCUUGGUGUAGCACGUUAUUAUACUGUCGUGCUGAGAAUAUAGCGGGAAAUUCAAAUCUCGCGGUUUUAUCGUAACGCUCGUGGCGACUGAUUACGAGGCACUGGUCUAUUCCUCGAGCACGUGGAGAUUUUACACUCUUCGACGUACGUGCCCCCCCGUGUACGUGUGACGUUUCGCGUGAGCUUGUAGCAGUGUCGUCCGUUAUGUACGCACACCGAGCGUACCGCGGGGCGUAUCGAUGCGCCGGUAUCACUGUGUUUAUAUAUUUAUACACGUGUGCGGUGAUGUCAGAGAGAGCACGUGGGUUUCCUCUGUAAAGUAUGACGGUUAAAUUAACAUGGUGCCUCUUUCGAGAAGUAUGAUUACGCGCACGCAGUGCUCCGCCGGGUUUUACCGUGGAUAAGGAUUUCGUGUCCGAUCGGAGACGCGGGAGCGUCGUCGUUACGCCCGCGUGGACGUCGAGGACGAGCGACAUCCAAGGAGCGACACCCAGCGAGAGCGAGAGGGAGAGAAGACGCUCGGAUACUGCCAGUGAGACUCACAGCGAGAGACAGAGAGGGAGAGAGACAAAGCGAGUGAGAUUCCGAGUGAGCCAGAGCCAACGAGCUAUAGUAUACUGUGGUUGGUGAUGGGGCAGGGGGAGGGUUCGAUCGAUUCCCCAGCGAAAAUUGCUUUCGCGUGUAACCGUGCGUCGCGUCAGUAUACGCUCGAGACACCUACCGAGCGAGUUAUCUCUUCCACGGCGUGCCGGUCGCUACGGAGAAGGUAUUGAGAUCGACGCACCGGAUUGAGGUUAAGUUGGACUUUCCGUGACGUCGCUAGUGGACACACAGUGCACGGUGCGUAGAGAGGCUUGUCCGUAGUGCUGCUUUCUGGUUCGGAGGAUUGAUACUGGUGUUUGUUCUUCUUUUUUCGUUCUAUCGAAGGUAUCGAUGGUCGAUGACAGUUCUCGGUAGUGUUUCGUUACCCGGCCGUACUCUGUCCUUCGUGGAUAUACGAACGACGACGACAACGACUCCUGUGUCCGUGACCCUUUGCUUUUCGACUCGAUCUGCAUUACCUACAGAGGGUUGGUGUUUUUCCUCGAGUCUGUUAUGCUGAUUCUCAUUUUUUCUCUCUCUCUUUUGUGCCGCUUCGUCGGGCGAUCGUGUGCGCUCGUGUCGGGACGUAUACGCGUGUGUUCCUGCUUUGUAUUAAUUCAGGGAAAAAAGACAGCUGAUUCUUACUUGUUUCGCUUACUGCCAACCAUCGAUUCUCGGCCCUGUCCGUUCGCUUUCGCCCGUAUUACACACGCCUGUCUCGUACGCUUCUCUGUGAACGUGUAGAUGGGCCUUUACUUCGUUCAGUGUGUUCUCGCCUUUUCAAACCGAGAUAUACCUGGCCAUAGUCUUCUUCGGCGGUCUGUCCCAUCUUCACGCGUUCAUAGUUGCUCGGACUUCGUGUCUUCAGUACUCGCUUGACUGCCUCGUCUGUUAGUUACUAACCGGCGAGCGCUUUACUUGCUACGAGUAAACAUAAAUAUCGUGUAUGCUGAUUUAAUUUACGUGAAAUAUCUUAAAUUUUCGUUAUACUGCAGCUCGGUGAACUUAACCUCUGAAUCGGGCAUUGAUCUACUUAACGAAUUGUCGAAGGGACUGUGAAGUUUUGUUGUGGCUCGUACGUCGAAGAAGAGGAUAAAUAAAGUUCGUGCGAAUAUACCUGUAGGUGCUUUAAAGUUAAUAAAUUUGAUUUAUACAGUGUUGUGGUAAUAAAAAGAGAAAACGUCCGUUCUGUGCAGAAGUGAAGGUGAAGGCAGUGUGGAUUAUUCAGGAUCGCUGUUUUUUCUUCCCUCGUCUACAGUAUACCUGGAGAUAAAGGAGACGAUUGUUCGAGGACCCGGUGAUCUUGUACAACAUUGGGUGAUGGGGCUUCGUGGAGCCGAGAUUUACUAUGAGUUGAGGCCUCGUAAUUAAUCCUGAGUACGGAGCGAGGGGAGAGCGCUAGUCAGCUGAUUCAGCCGCUGGUGGGGAAGAAUGAACGCGGGUGGAGGUGGACGAUGAGGAGAAGGUUGUAGGGAGACUGGCAUGGAGAAGGAGAACUCCGCGUCGGGCGUCGGCGGCGGAGGCGGAAGCGGAAGUGGUGGUGGUGGUGGAGGAGGAGGCGGUGGUGGUGGUGGCGGUGGGAGCGCAGGAAGCGAGGCUACGGCGACUGCUACGGCGGCCGCCACCUCCGCUUCCGAGAAACUUCAGGCAGACCAGGGUAAUCCGUUGCUCGAUCCGACCGCCCUCUUUGGCGCGUAUUGGCCGCGUGGUGACAGCGCAGCCUCGUCCCUAUUCGGCGGAAUGCCGGGUGGUUACGGCCUGGGGGCCCACCAUUUGCCGUCGGCCUACGCUAUUUUGGGCCGCGGAGGAUCCGCACCCGGUUUUGGGGGUCACACGCCAGCUUCUGCACCACCACCGCCGCCGUACUCCCACAGCAGCUUGGGUACCCUCAGUGUAGCUGCUAGCCAAGCUGCCAGUCUAGGUAUUAAUCCUGCAAGUGCAGCAUGGUGGACAAUGGCGUCGCAUCUCGCAGCCCAGGACUACCUCGCCAGGUUACAGGGAGCUGCAGGGCUGCCAGGGUUUCCACCAGGAGCCGAAAGUUUGCUACCACCAUAUCCUGCCAACCUACUCAACCCACCUUCCCUGUCAUCCCACAAGUCCAGUAAGUCUAAGUCAAGUAAGAGUCACAAGACACCAGCAAGCAGCAGCAGCAGCAGCAGCAGUAGUUCAACGCCUGCAAGUCUGAGCACUAGUUUAGCUAUCAGUCAGGCUCCGAUUUCUCAUCACAGUACCUCUGUCAGCAGUACGCCAAACACGCAGACAAAUGUAGUCAGUACCGCCAAGGAGGGAAGUGAUCCUAGCAGUAUAUUGGGCGGCGUGCGACUACCACCCGACACAGAGAUCAUCAAGUACACGUCGAGCAUAGUGGGCCCAAAAAUUCCAGGGACUACGAACCGCGGCAGGAAGAAGACCAUAUCCUUGGAUACUCCUAGCGUGAGUGUUCAUCCACCUUCGAUUCCUGCCCUCACAGCACAUCAAACAAAUACUACCACGUCACUCAUGAUGGAACCACGGAAGUACAAUCGCUCGGGGAACGACGCGAACGAGUACAGGGACUCUGUCGAUCGAGUGGAGGUGAUAAAGCUACCAGCUCAUUCGACAAACGGUUCCGUACUCUCGGCACCGCCGACAUACACAACCAGCAAUAUUACCAACUCGAAUGACUCGGAUGCGCCGCUGAAUCUUUCCCUGAAACCAGCCUCGACGAGCAGCAGUUCGCCAAUUACGUCGAGUCAGCCCCUGAGCCAGCUCAGUAAUCUGAGUCAAUCCUUGUUGGCGUCCGAUAGAACGUCACGAAGAAAACCAGGUCCUAAGCCCAGGCGAGUACCUCAGAAUUCAGUACCGAUACCAGCCUCUCCGAGUCCUUCCUUGGCGCAGCUCUUCGCCGCUGCGGAUUCACCCCAACGGCCGAGUAGCGGUAGCGAGGAAAGUGAGUGCACCACCACUCAUCAUAAAGAUGGGAGACCGCGGAACCUUGGCAGAGGUGUCUCCAAGCCUAAGAAGAAUACCGUAGCCUCCCUUCUAGCUCAGAGUAGAGCGCUUGGGAUCAAACCUACACCUACUCUGGAUCCCAGUGUACCACUGUCGCAUCAGGUUUCGUUGCUGAGGUCAAACAUAUUGGCGGCUCAGUUGCACGCUUCCACGACGGGUCAGGGUGACGACAAAUCACAACGUUCUUUGCAGGAGAAGAUGAAGAACAAGUUCCUCGAGGUCUCCGGCGAGGAGAGCAACAUGGACGUGACCAGCGAGAGUGGCAGCAAUACCGACGUCGUGACAGAUACGGACGAAGACAACGCGGAAGGCACGCCGAGUGCUAAGAGAAGAAAGCUUAACCCUAGUGACAAGGAUCUUCAAGUACCACUGGACCGCGGUUGGAAGAGGGAAACUGUGAUCAAGGGUUUGGGAAAGACGGGAGUGAUCAAGGGUGACGUUUCUUACUAUAGCCCUUGUGGGAAAACCUUCAGGAACAGUCCAGAAUUAUUAAAGUUCUUGGAGCAGCAGCAUCCCGCAGAAUUGACCACAGCAAACUUCUCAUUUUCCUCGCGGCCGCUUGUCGGCGAGUUUCUGCAGCCUACGAUGGGUCUGGCAGAGGCCGAAUUCGUCAGACUGGGUGCCCAGGAAGUCGCCAGGCGACUAGAGGAACUGAGGGCGGCUGGUGGCUUCCGGGACGUCAGACCCAAUAGUCAAUACGAAAGGGACAAAUUGGCGUAUGCGAAAAAACUAGCCAAGGAGGAAGCUCAACGCCACAAGGAACAAGCCAGGCUGAUCAAGGAGCAGGAGAAAAGCGAGAGACAGGAAGCCGUGAGGCGAGAACGAGAAAUAAGAAAUCAACAACUCCUCGAGGGUCGGAAGCGGCUUGCGUUCACGAUCAAACAGAAAAUGAAGAUCAUCCAAGAGAUCGAGCGUGGGAAAAGUAAGAGCGACGUCGCCCGCGAACUCGGCCUGGCCAGCAGCACCGUCGCUACCAUCUGGAAGAACCGGGAGAGCAUCGCCGAGAGCUGGCGAAAUCGUGACAUGAUGCAGAGCGACGUCGACCUCGAAACCGCGAAGAAGAUCACCGGAGGGACGAUGGGCGUCGCGACGCCUACGACGAUACCAGCACCGUCGCCACUUCCGCCGCAGUCGCUACCUCUACCGUCUCUUCCUGUCCAGAACCAGGACAACACCCAGCAGGCCCAGACUCAAACGCAAAAUCAGGAACUGCUGGAGGCGCGGAAAAAACGGCAGGAAGAACUGGAGAAGAUCCGAUUGGAAGAGCAACAGCGAAAGCAACAGGAGCGAGAGUUGAAGAGGCAGCAGGCAGUGAUGUUGAAGGAACAGAUGUACAUGCAGGAGCUCAGCAAGCAGCGCGAGAUGCUCUACACCGUCGAGCUGGAAAGGGAGAGAAGGCGACAGCACAUGGCACUCGUGCGAGCGUUGGAGAAUCGUCGAAGGAUGGAGGAGCGAGAGAAGAAACGGCUUGAAGCGCGAGCUGAGAGAAUAGCGACGAAAGAGAAGAGAGCGGAGCAAAGAAAAAUCGAGAUGGAGCUGAUCGAGCAAAUAAGGAAGCCAGUUGAGGAUAUGGAAUUAACUGAUCACAAGUCACUACCAGAAGUGAAGAGAGUACCUGGUCUGAAGUUGUCUGGUCAAGCCUUUGCGGAUAUCGUUAUGGUGUUUGAAUUUUUGCACAACUUUGGAGAAACUUUGGGCUUCGAUAUGGAGUCGUUACCAAGUCUGAAGAGUCUGCAAAUGGCUCUGCUGAACGACGAGGAAGCUGAGGAGGAAAUGCUAUCCGUUAUGACGCAUCUUCUCGUCUGCGCCAUCGAGGAUCCGGGAAUUCCACAACCGGCACGUCACACUACCGGACUUGGUCAAAGUUUAAGACAGGCUGAUAUCACUCAUGCGAAUAUCAGCGAGGUUCUCAGGAUUUAUCUGUACGCUAAUGCAACGGGAGAGGUCAAGGCUCUGACUGGAGUCUGUUUGGAGCGCGAGAGGGAUAAAAAAUUUGCGGAUCAUCAUCAGAAUGGUGGUGAUUACGCAUCGACCUGUUCUGGGAAGAAUGCACAGUUCUACGAGCAUCUUCACAACAAUGAGACCUGGAGGAUGUCCGAGAGACUCAGGGACAAACCGUUCCUGGCGCUCAAUCCGACCCAUAAGGCCCAAAUGUUGGCAUUCCUAUGUAACGAGUUGCUGCAGAAUAAGGCUGUGAUAAGGCAGAUCGAGGGAAGCCUGGAGACAGUGGCGCAGCUUAAAAAGGAAAGAUUCGUAUUGGAUACGAAGAUCAGAAAAUUGAGACAGUUGCACAGCCGGAAGGUGAGAAUGGAAGCCGUUGGGGUUAUCGUGAACAAAUCCGGAGAUACGAUAACGAUAGAGAAGAAGGAAGGCGAGGAGGAGAGCAAUAAUACUACGUCUACCGCAGUGGGUACGACUCCGACACCGGAGGAGAUCCAUCACGAAGACGAGGUCGAGGAUAUGUCUGAGAACGAGAGUGAAGGGACGCAGCCAGAGGAGGGUCAUUUUUCUGAUUUCAUCUGUCAGGAGGAGGACAAGAAUUUGUCGGGUGAGGAACUUGGCAAGAAACUUGAUAAGCUGCUGAAGCAGUCCGAGGAGCAGCUUCAGAAAUUGAACAAUUCCUCGAAACAACUUCGUGCGCACGUGCUUGGUCAGGAUAGGUACUGGAGAAGAUAUUGGGAACUUCCAUGCGCCGGUGGCAUCUUCCUAGAAGCCAUGGAAAGUGCAGAACCCGAGAUACUUGAUCUCCAGGCGGAACUCGACGAAAAGUACAAAAAUAUGCCUCUUGAGGAAAAGCCUGAGGUCAAGGAAGAGGUAGCUAAGGUCGACACGGAUAAUGUGGAGAACGAAGCGCCUAAUAACGAGGUUAAAGAAGAGAAGAAGAUGGAAAAGGGCACAGUGGAAGCGGAAGUUAAACAAGAGUACGAACAAAUAAAGGCGGAAGUUGAAGAAGUGAACUGUAAGAAAGAUUCCGUGCAGAACUCUGUAAUGGAAGAGGUGGUGGAACCAAUGAAGGAAGAAACUAAGAAUGACUUUGAAAAUACCAUGGCUGAUGCUAAGACGAAUGUCACAUCCGAAGAGAUAAAGCAGGAAACGGAAGUCACUAAAAUGGAGGUGGAUGUCAAGGAAGAGACCAAGAAGGAGGAGGAAAUGGAGGAAGACAUAAACAAGCGUCCUGUUAAACUUAUGGAAGAUAAAAUCGUGGAAACAAUACCAAACGGAGACAAAUUCAAUCACGUCAAUAAUCUUCACAAUGGAAAAGAAUUAAAUGGAACCUUCAUUUCCGGUAGCAACAGCGAGUCCCACUGGUUCUCUAUACUUCCAAGAGAAACCUGUGACACUCCUGGACCUAGUACCAAGCAAAUCUUCGGCAUCGCCGAACCCACAGAACUCAGGAUACCAGUAUUCCCUCCGCCAGCGAGCCCAAGUUAUGACAGAUGUGACAGUCCCGCUCCUUUGAUUCUUACUCAGGACGAAGCUGUUCAGCUAGAAUAUAUGAAGGUGCACGGAUUGCCACCACCUGGGGCAGCGAAGCCAGUGCCAAAAGAUCUAAGAUACGGCUGGUGGAGGAUAUCAGACGUGGACACGUUCCAGGAACUGCUAGAACAUCUUCAUUCACGUGGAGUACGAGAGAAGGAACUAAAGCGCACAACGUGGGCGACGAUGGAGUCGUUCCUAGCAGUCACCGGUAAAAUCCACGUAGAUCCUGGUAACUUAACAGCAACAGAGCUCACCGGAGAUAACGAGGAUAACGAUAACCCUAUCCCGAGACCGGAUCGUCCAGAAGACUGGAGCGAGCAGGUCGCGCUGCGCGUGGAUGCUCAGCUUCUGGAACAAGUCGAGGCUCUCGAGGAUAAGGUAGCGAACGCCAGCAUGCAGGUCAAAGGCUGGAAACUACCUCCACGGGCCGGUACCGAGGAGGCCGAAGAGAUUGAAAAACUCAACGAGAUGGAGAAGAUCAGUGCAGUCGAGCAGGCAAGACAGAGGUUACUCUCCUUAGAAGCUGCCAUAGAAAGGAGGUACCUGAAGCCUCCUUUAGGCAUCUGCACGGGAGAUCCAAACCUGGCAGCUCUGAAAGCAGAACAAGCGGCCGCUGCGAAUGCCAGUUUGAACAGCUUGGACCAGGGUAACGCGGCCCCACCACCUCAAGAAGAAACAACACCAAGAGGUCUUAACAACUGGCGCGAAGCCACAGCCCGGGCUCACACCUCGGCACAGCUUGCAAUGGCACUUUACAUGCUCGAAGCCAGCAUCGCUUGGGACAAGAGCAUCAUGAAGGCUGUGAGUCUAACACCAGCUAGAAACUCGGUCUGCGUCAAGCUACGAAACCGCUGCGUCUCACUCAAAGCUACCACUCAGUACAAUCAGCUAUUGACUACUACUCAGGCCUCUAAUUGCCAGUUCUGUCACAGCGGCGACAACGAGGAUAAAUUAUUACUAUGCGACGGCUGUGACCGCGGCUACCAUACUUAUUGCUUCCGUCCAAAAAUGGAAAACAUUCCCGAUGGUGAUUGGUACUGUCACGAGUGCAUGAACAAGGCGACGGGAGAGAGAAAUUGCUUGGUGUGCGGCAAAAGGGUCGGUAAAAAUUUGGUCCUGUGCGAAUUGUGUCCAAGAGCUUAUCAUACUGACUGUCACAAUCCUGUGAUGCCCAAGAUGCCGCGAGGAAAAUGGUACUGUUCGAAUUGUCACAGUAAACAACCAAAGAAGAGAAACAGCAGUCGAAGGAGUCACACCAAAGGCGGAGGCACCCGAGACAGUGAAAGUUCCGAUCAUCCACCAGCUAGUCCAACGCCCUCGACGGCAUCGAACACGCACGUCGAAGACGUCAGUUCCUCGGAACCACCGACGCCAACAGCCUCGCCAAGGAAGGAGGGGAACAGCCGGGCGUUAACGAAAAAGCAACAGCGCGAGCUGGCACCGUGCAAGCUCCUUCUAGAACAAUUGGAGCAGCAGGACGAGGCCUGGCCGUUUCUCUUACCGGUGAACACCAAGCAGUUCCCCACGUAUAAGAAGAUCAUCAAGACGCCCAUGGAUCUCAGUACGAUCAAGAAGAAGCUCCAGGACUCUGUCCCUCGACCUUCCAGGUACAAAUCACGCGACGAGUUCUGCGCCGACGUACGUCAGAUGUUCAUCAACUGCGAGGUGUUCAACGAGGACGACAGUCCCGUGGGAAAGGCCGGACACGGCAUGAGAAGCUUCUUCGAGAUGCGUUGGAUGGAAAUCACUGGUGCUCCUCCGCCGCCGCACACGCAAACGCACAGCUGAGGCUCGGUUCGCGCACGCAACAGCUGCAACAGUUUUGCGCACUUCUACUACUAGAAGCAAUAGAGACUCGGACAGGGAUCCGUUUGGAGGACCAAUCAUUGGCAUCUGGCUUUAAAGAGGUCCAGGUCAAAAAGGUCUAAGACUUCUUUUGAUGGAGCUCCUCGAGUAUUUUCAACGGCGACGAAUGUUCGAUGCUCGUUGGAUUAUGUAAAUAUGCUGCGGAAGAAAGGGUGACAAGGUCGACCUAUGCUCACGGAGAUUUUAUCUAGGUCUUCUCCACGAGGCUUCCUGGUGGAACGCGGGGAGAGCGGAUCCCCUUGUACACGUUUCGAUUCUUCUGGAUUGAACUCGCGAACAGUGAAGUUUAACGGUCGUUGUACUUAUAGAAGAGAAACCGGAAAAUGAAAUAGUGAACGAGUUACUUCCGCCUAAAUCGACUAGAGAGUCUUAAUUCGCAGUUGUAUCAUAUAGGCUUAAUUGUCGAGGCCGAUGUUUUUCGGUUAAAGAAAUAUUUUGCAAACGUAAUUAAAUGUGAAAAAGAGAAAUAUAUAUAUAUAUAUAUAUAUGUAUACACAGGGGACACAGAGGACAUACACGUAUAUCGACACGUGUAGAAUUUACAUAUAUAUAUAUAUACACACGACACGGUAUACAUAUAUAUUAAUCCUUUAAAACACAACCACGGACACACAGAGCACGUUAAGAAUUAUUAACGUUGUUGGUAGAGUAUUACGUAUGAAAAAAGGAAAGAAUUCAUGACGGAUCGAAAUCCCAAAAAUAUUUUACUCGAGGGACGAAGAUUUUAACGCCAUUCCACUUGUUAUUAUAUUUUUUUUUCUUUCUUUUGCCUUCUUUUUUUUCUUUUGGCAUAUCCUUCCUUCGCUUACCGUGCGUCUCUCUUCACGCACAUGCGCACUGCCAGAAUUUGCGCGCGGUUAUACUUGAAGGUGAACACGAGAGCGAGAAAGAGAGGAUGAGAGCUUAGAGAGAGUGAAAAUCGGACAUGACAGGGAUCGAUGCGAUUAGUUAAGGGGAAGAAAGAUAAAGAAAUUCAGCCCAAAAUAGAUUUUUCCAAUAGCAUUCGAUUAAUUAUCGAUCAGUAUUCUUUAAAGUCGAAGUGGUCUAGUUAUUAAGUGUACAGUUUAUAAUUGUUCGAUUGUACACAAAUGAAAAAUACGUUCAAGUGCGAACACCGACGACACGAACGAAACGGAUUUUUAUAGUUUAUUAGACUUUUUUUUUUUUCAUCGCGUUGUAGAGAAAAGCGUGACUCUGUUGUUUUCUUUUGCGAAUCCGACCUCCACUUUUUAUUAGAAUUAACAGUAAGCGCUGAUUAGAUGUAAUUUAGAUAAGGGAGUGCUCGAGGAUUUGCAUGGUGUGCGAGUGAGCGAAUUUAAAUGAAAAUAUUUUAUUUAUCCGAACUGGACGACUUACGAUAAGUUCGAUAAUAGUGGACCCAUUGUCAGUCAUGCUACUUUGUUCGAGUAGCUCUACUAAAGUUUGUUCAAGUUUAACAUUGUUGGUAGUAAGGCGCUAAUGUUUAAUGAUUAAUCUUGCUCAAUUUAAAUAACGUCACUGUACACGCAACGCCUUAUAUGAUACUGCGCAUACUCCAUUUUUAUUAUACGUAUGUAAGACAGUGAACUUAAUUCAAAAAUUUAUUUUUCUUUUUUUUUUCUUGACACUUUUCCAAUCGUUGUUGUUGCAACGUCGGCAGUCGUCGGGUUCGGUAUUAUCGGUUCGCUGUAUAGAAAAUGUAAAAGAAAUUGCGCAACGCGCGAUGCAUUGCUGAACCGUUAGUCGAAAAUGAAAUGUGUGAUACUUCCGCCGGAAAUAUCUAGUACGUGUAUGAAUGAAGCUGCAACGUGUGUGUAUGUGUAUACGCAUCUACAAGUGCAAGAAGGAACCGUCAGAUAUAUUUUUUUUUUAUUUUCGAAAUCGUGCGCCUUUUUCCCUCGGUAUGCUUUUUCUCGCUUGAAAACACCUCGCAAGAAUUUCAUUUCUACAAUGACGUCCCGGUAUUUAUCGAUUUUGAAAUUUACUUUUGAAAAAGUAAUACCGUACCGGCUGAUAAUAUGUCAAAAAAUUGUUACGUACCGGUAUUUUUCUUUUUUCGUAUCUUAUUCUUUUUUCUGCUACAUACAACUAAUGUUCUUUUGAAUGUAUUUACAACGAAUAUUGAUCGUCAUUGUUCAGUACCGGAAGUCGCACAGCGCAUCCAAAAUUACUGCGUCCAGUGAAUUUACCAAAUACGUACGGGUAUAUCGAACUAGGAUGAAACGAUGGGCGUUCUUCGCUUUUUAUUUUGUUAAUUUUCAAGAUAACCUUAAAAAAAAGAGAAAAUUAUUUCUGCGAACAAGAAAUACGAAACGCAUUGAAUUUUCAGUAAUACUUUAAUGCGUGGAUCUUCCGUUUGAUUCAAAAUUGGAUUGUAAAAAAUCCUAACACAGCUUCACCUUAUUAGAAUCGUAAAGCGUUAAAUGUUAACAUUCAAAUACGCAGAGAAAACGCUUUACGGUGUCCCCUUCCGUUUUUGUAUGUAAUUGAUGUAAAUUAUUGCCGAUAUCAUAACGAACUAUAGUAGCGUAUAUGGCGAAACUAUAGUUAACAAUUACGAUAAACCGAUAAACAUUCAGUAGAGAAUAUAAAUGGUAUUUGCACGAGUUAAAUACUAAAUGCCGAGAGAGAAAUUCGUCUACGUGAGAAACUGACGAGGAACGAAUCGUAUACCGAGGAAAAAUUCCAAGGCGUUGAUUAAUUUUUAUUUUGAAUUCACGAGAAUCCGACUUUUCAAAAUUAAAAAUAAUAAAAUUGACCAAUAUAUAUAUAUAUAUAUACAUAUAUAUGCAUCCUCGGUAAACGCGUCUAUCCUGUGUUCGGUGAUCGUAGAUGCGUUUAGAUAUCACACAGACAAGAACAAGAAAAGAAAAAAAAAAACAAAUAAUUUUUUAAGAUUCAAUUAUAUUGUUUAAAUAGUACAGUUACAUUGUUAGUACGAAUAACGACGCUUUUUAUACGGAUUUUAGUUUUUAACGUCGAACUUACGGUAUAUUACGAAUAGUUGUAACGGAUAACUGAUAAUAGUUCUAGCGAUAACGAUUAACGAUAACAAUUACGGUUUAUGAUUAUAAAAAAAAAGCGUGACGAGAAAAUACAGGAGAGAUGAUUUAAGCUAGAAGGUAAUGAUUGUCUAUAGUAUAAAACGAAGGUUUACGUUAGGUAACCUCACAAUGCUAUUUAAACAGACUUAAUUAAUGUAUUGCAAAAUGAAUUAAUAAAGUGUAAGCGAAGCGUGUAAACGAAACGUUACGUCAUUAUUAACAAAAAUUCGUAACGGAUAACGAGGAGUGCUGAAUUAAUUAUUCGACAGCUCCACUUAAGUUCUCAUAAAUAUUUACUUUCGUUUAUUUAUGUAAAAAAAAGAGAGAAAUUAUCUUUUUUUACUCAAUCCUGAUGAGAACCUUAAAUCGGCACGAGUCAUAUCAAAAUAACUUUGUGCGCAGAUCGUUUAACGUUAAGCGAACCAUAACGAAAAUACUCAAUUAUGAAGAAAAAAAAAUAACUUUGCCGUUUAGUGCGAAACGAUUUUACGCUCUCUUAUCUUCCUCGCGUUUGAUGCUCAUUCACAUCGCAGUCAGAUUUAAUUGACCUCCAGAGAAUCUAGAAAAGAUAUAAAAAUGAUGCACGCGUGCGUCAGCUACUGUUAAAAAUUAGUGAUAAUACUGGCGUUAAAUGUUCGUCGUCUCGAUUAAAACUUUGAAGAAAAAAAAAGGUUCGCACUUCUUAAGCCUAUAAAAAAUACAGAUACUCUAGUCUGUAUCGAGGAGAGAGAAAAGAAAAUCGCGAACUUUAUCAUCGACGUGAAAAUUCUGUCAGAGAAUUAAAUUUUCAAUUAACAAUUCGUCGCCAUAUUGUGCGAUUACCAUCCGUAGGUCGAGAUUUCCAAUUGUCAUGUAACACCUUUAAUAUGAAUAAAUUGUCAAGAAACCAUA